AUGUUGAGAGUUCAAUCCCAUGAAGAUGAAUCUCUCCUUCGAACAAUUGAUGAGUAUUAUAUUCAUUUAAGUGAGAAUAAUGUAAGUACUACUGGUAUUAAAGAAAAGUGUGUUUGGUUAGAUGUCAAAGAUUUUAGUCUAUACGACCAAGUUGGAGUUGAUGUAAUGCAUGAUGUUCUUGAAGGUUGUGCCAAGUAUAUAAUGGGUUUUAUUAUAUAUUACUAUGUUAUUGAAUUGAAACUAUUUUCCCUACAAGUGUUGAAUGAAAGACUUUUUGGUUUUGAUUUUGGACCUGAACGUAAUAAACCUUGUGCUUUAAGUAUGGAACAUAUUAGUCAAGGGAAUGUUCGACAAUCUGCUUCUGAAAUGUUAAUAUUAGUUAGGUAUUUUGGUUUAAUUAUUGGUGAUUUUAUACCUGCUGAAGAACCAGUUUGGACUCUGUAUAUAACCUUGCGUAAAGUUAUAGAUAUUUUGUUGUCAUCACUAGUUGAAGAACAAAGUAUUUUUUUACUAAAAACUUUAGUUGGAGAACUGAAUGAGCUUUAUUUAAAAUAUAGUAAAAAAUCUCUUAAACCUAAAUUUCACUUUUUACUUCAUUAUCCCUUACUAAUCAAAAAGUUUGGUCCUGUAGGUAAUUUUUGGUCUAUGAGAUUUGAAGCCAAACAUAGGAUCUCUAAAAUUGCAGCUAGAUCAUCUUUUAAUCGACGUAACAUUUGCUUAACAUUAGCAAUUAAACAUCAGUUACAACUGAAUAAUAUAUUUGGCAAGGGUAAAUUAUGUUCAAAUGUAGUUGUAGGUCCUUGUAAGUCAUUAUGUCCAAUCAAAUCUCAUGCUAUAAAAAAUGAACUCAAUCUGGAUCUCGAUAAAUCUUUAUUUUGUGUUAGUUGGGCAACAGUUAAAGGUGUACGUUUAAAACAAAACACAUAUUAA